AUGGAAGUUUCGGCUUAUUUCGAACGCUAUCAGAAGAUAGUGUCCAUAGAACAGAGAAAGAAUAAUCUUAUCGAGGAACUUUUGCAACGCGUGACGGACCUCGAAGAUGCCUUCUCAAGAGAAAAACUCGACCAUGAGCGGGAAAUGCGCUUUAAUCGAGACAUUCAGAUUCACGAAAUCGAGUUGAUGGAUAAGCUAUCGAGGGUCAAAACGAUUAUGGAUCGUGAACCUUUUGUAGUCGUGCUCCUCGACGGAGACGGUAUGAUAUUCAAGGACGAAUUUCUACAACAAGGAGGGCAGGGCGGACGAAAUGCAGCGUCGCAACUUUCAUCCGCCUUACAAACUUAUGUCGACGACAAUUUCCCCGGUAUCUCCGCUCCGAAAAUAAUGACCAAGAUAUAUGCGAAUGUGAAGGGAUUAAGCGACAUCUGUACGCGUGGGCAGAUUAUAAAUGAGCAGUCCGUUCUCGACGAUUUUGUUCGCGGCUUCAAUGGAUCUAUGCCACUGUUAGACCUGGUGGAUAUUGGAAAAGGGAAACCGUACGACAAGAUAAGAGAGAUGCUCGACUUGUAUAUUUACAACUGCCACUGCCACCAGAUCUUGCUCGGAUGCUCACCCGAAGUCGGAUAUUCUGAGAAAUUGGAAGAUAUACUAGCAGACCGGGAUCUUAUCGGACGAGUGUCAUUGAUUGAAGGAAUCACAUUCGAUAAGGAUCUGGAAUCAUUAAAGCCUUCCUAUCGGGUUGCUAAUUUCCCAGAUAUCUUCCGAACUGCAAAGAUUACCUCUGCUUUGGCACCUUACAAGGCAGCUGUAACCGCAAAGCCUCGUCCCCUGUUCACGCCAUCGCCAAUUCAACACGCGGUUCCCCUUUCAAGAACAUCCACCAAUACAACCCUGGCCAGCAAUAACACACCUAUCAUUUUGCCUACAGUAUCUACGACUUCCGCAAGUACGCCUACCACAGACGAGUUCCAGGUUGUGCGUCCAAAGGCGUCCAAUUCAUUGCGUCCAAAGACAGUGGAACGAAAUAGAUAUGGUCAACGCGUCGAUCGGCUUGAUUUCAAGAGCAUUCCACGAGAAGACCUGAAUCGUCUUAAGAAACUGAAACUCUGUAACUUUUACUACCUGCAAGGCGAAUGCCCCAACGAGAAUUGCCAUCAUGAUCACACGCGCAAGCUGAGCAAGAAUGAUUAUUUCAUAUUGUCCGCUAUUGCUCGCAUGACUCCAUGUCGCUUCGGACUGGAAUGUGACGAUGCAGAGUGUAUGUACGGGCACCGCUGUCCGCAGAGCGAACCUGGCAAAAAGGACUGUUAUUGGGGCUCGAGCUGUCGAUUCGAACCGGAAACUCAUGGAAUUGAUACAACUAUCGUCAAACUGACCAAGGUUUAA